AUGGCGGCCGACAUGUCAAGCAUUGAUGGCUGCACGACUGAGCUGGAGGCGGUGCGCCACGAUGCGCGCGGCGCGUUUGCGUACUUCUCGGCGCCGCGGCUUGCAUUCAUGGAGAACGCAGGCGGCAGUCAGGUGCCGCGUUGCGUGGCCGACGCGGUGCGCGACCAUCUGCUGCACGACUGCGCUCAGCUGGGCGCCGGCUAUGACGUUUCAAACAGGUCCACCUCCACAGUGGACGCGGCUCAUGAUGCAGUGGCCGCGCUCAUGGGCGCGCCGCCCGGCUCGGGCCACGUCGCGCUCGGGCCCAGCAGCUCCCAGCUGCUGGCGGCCCUCGGCGGCUGCUACUCGCGCCUGCUGGGGCCGGGGGACGAGGUCGUGGUGCAGGAGUCGUGCCACGAGGCCAACGCAGGGCCAUGGGUGCGCUGCGCAGAGUCCUCUGGCGCCACGCUGCGUUGGUGGCGCACCGACGUGACCCCCUCUUUCUCCAGCGGCGGCAGCGGCGGCGGCGGCGGCUCGGCCGCCGAUAACGCCACCAGCGCCUCGUCUGACGCCGCCGCCGCCGCCGCCGGCGGGCGCCUCUGGGUGUCCUUCCCCUGCGCCUCCCGGCCGGGCCGGCUGGCGGCGCUGCUGUCCGAGCGCACGCGGGUUGUGGCGGUGACUCACGUCAGCAACCUGCUGGGGGGAGUGGCAGACCUGCGGGCGCUCGUGGCGACGAACGCCUGA